AUGUCGGACUUCACGACCGUGAAAUACUCGAGACGCACCCCGAGACAGAAUCAAGAACCAGAAAAUGCCAUAGACAUCACGGAAGGCCUGCACGCCACCCCAAUCGACGCCUUAUCCCUGCCUGCCUUGGCGUCCAUCGAGCCGCAUGCACCACGCGCAGAUAUCAAGAACGUCGAAUAUGUCGCGUCGUACAACUGGCUUCCAACCGAAGACAAAAUAAUCGUUCCGGGUUCUCCGGCAGAAUGGAAGGAUGUUCCAAAGCCUUUCACAGUCGAGCCCGAUGAAGACCGCAUCUCCCAACCUCAUAUGUACAACAUCCUCGUCCCGGUCGUCCAGGCCGUGAAUCACAUCCAAGCCAACACCACGGACACGUCGUUCGACUGGCCUUCCAUCGACUUCAUAACCGACCGUAACGGACUCCGAAAGCUCAUGCGGUGGAUCGAGGCAGACGGCAGGGCGAGCGGUCCGAACCCCUAUGCACACCAGUACAAGAAUGGGGGGUUCAGAGACUUCAGGCUCGAUUUGGAGCUGAUCAAUGAGAAGACAGUGGUUAUUCACAGAUGGGAUGGACAGCCGGAAUACACAAAGGCGGAGGGGCAGAAGACAUAUGGAUUGCAGUUCAAGAAGGUGACGACGCAGUGGCCGGAGGGGUGCGAGGGGAGUACUGGAUAUCAUCGCAUUAUUAAAUAUGAUUUUUGUGGUCUGAAGCUCUUAGUGCGGUUCCAAGUGGACGCAUGCUUGCCUCCCGUUGACAACCAUUCGAAGGACCUCGAAGACGCUUUAGCAGGCCUCAACAUUCAUACCAGUUCAAGCGAAAACAACACGACACCAACACCUCUUACCAUCAUUCCUGGCGGCACCAAGAUGCCCCAGAGUUCCAUGAUCGAGAUCACUACGCGCAAUGCCAUGCGUAUAGGCACAAUGGACUGGCGAGAGCUAUUCAUCCAGCUCUACCUCUCAGCCAGCCCGCACUUCUAUCUCGGCGUACACCAACGUGGUCAUUUCACCGAGGUGUACAAGAAGAAUCUGUAUGAGGACGAAAGGUUCGUCAAGGAAAGGAGAGGAGCGGAGGCGAGUCUGAAGAAGCUUGGCAAGGCGUUGAAGAGGAUACAGGAGUUGGUGAGAGAGCACGGGAAGGGCAAGAAGUUGAGUUUGGUUUGUCGGAAGGCGGAUGGGAUGGAAGCGUUGGCAGUAUAUGAGCAGAAGACGGAGGACGCUCGAGUACCCGAGACCUAG